AUGUCAACUCAACGUCCCCUCAUCGUCGGCGACGAUGCCGGCCCUCAGCCUCCUUACCCUCUAAGGAUGGAGGGCAAGGUGAUUUCCGGGUUUGGACGAGGUUCGAAAGAGCUGGGAAUCCCCACGGCCAACCUACCUGUCGACGACACCGUAACGCCGUGGAUCUCAUCCGUCAAGUCGGGCGUCUACUUUGGCUACGCCUCGAUCCUCCUGCCCCCUCCAGCACAGGCUGACGGCGGCGCGCAACAGGACGAGGACGCGCAGCAGGCCGGCAGCAGCACUGACGAGAGAGGGUUCAGGAUCUUCCCCAUGGUCAUGUCCAUCGGUUACAACCCAUUCUACAAGAACACGGUGCGCAGCGCAGAGGUACACGUCCUGCACGACUUCAAGUCGGACUUUUACGGGACGCACAUGCGCCUCCUGGUCCUGGACUUUGUGCGCGAGGAGAAGAACUACGACAGCCUGGACGACCUGGUGCUCGACAUCCGCACCGACUGCGACGUCGCCAGGGCCAGUCUGGCGAGGAAGAGCUGGGCGCCGGCGAGGGCCAAGGUCGUCGACGGGGGCGACGUCGACGGCGAGCUAGAUGUCGAGUGGCUUCUCAAAGAUUUGUAG